AUACUCUCCUUAGUCAUGAAGGCAUGGACCCUUUCUUGUUACUGGGUUUUAAUGUUGUCUUUUUUCGGGAUCCGCAGCCCCAAACCACCUCCUCCUGAUGGCGUCAAGUCCAACCCAUCCAAACGCCACCGCGACCGGCUCAACGGCGAGCUGGACAAGCUCACCAGCCUGCUGCCCUUCACGGAGGACGUCAGGGCUCGGCUGGACAAGCUGUCGGUGCUCCGCCUCAGCGUCGGGUACCUGAAAGUGAAGAGCUACUUCCACGGUGAGUGUCGAAACUGUGGCGAUGCAUUACAACUAAUCAAUGCCUUCAUUCAUGACCAUCGUGAGCACACUCAACCCUUCUCUUCUUCUGCUUCUAAAUGUUGAUGUCUAAAUGUGUAAUUUUUUGGACAGAGAGCUCUGCCACUUCAUAAAGUCGAAAGUCUUUUUAGGAGGGAGGCAGCAGGUCUGACUCUGACUGUGGUCAAACAAUUUUUCCUCUUGUCGUCCAAUCCUGUAAGAUGGCCGUCGUGACUUAAGUGAUUUGGGUGCUUGUGCACACAUGAGGCCGUCAUGUUAAACAGCCAUAACAGAGGUGCAUGUCUGAAAAUGGUAAA